AUGGAGGGCGGGAGGGACUGCGACGGUGGCGUCGCCGGAGCGGCGGCGGGGCAGGAACGACGGCGGUGGCGCGGCGCCGGAUGCGGUGAUGACGACGAGAGUAAUCACGGGAGCAGUGACGGCGGCGGCGGCGGCGUCGAGCUCAGGCUGCGCCUCAGGACGGGGGCGGCGGACGACGACGAUGGUGGUGCCGCUAGUGCUCCGCCGACGGUGGUGGGGGCGGCGGCGGAGGCGAGGAGGAACCUGACCAUCUUCUACAACGGCCGGGUGUGCGCCGUCGACGUCACCGAGGUCCAGCUCAUGGAUCAGUAA